GUUUUGAUGGGAUCCGCUGCAUUAGUGUUGAUGUGAUCGCACCCUAUUCGAGUCCUGUUCACUGCGAGCCUUUAGCCUCCCUCUUCUCACGGAUGGAAACAGAAGCACAGAGCGAGAGUCCAGUUCAAAUGCCUGAAACUGAGAUGCAAGCCAAAGGAGAGUAGAGAACGGGGGUCUAAAGUUGAUGUCCUUCCUCAAUGUUUCGUGGUCUUAUUAUUGGCCAUUGCUGUGAUUCCAUUGAGGGUGGUGCGCUUCGAAAGAAGAUUUCAAUGAGGGUGGUGCGUUGGUUUUAGCGGAGGAGGAGGAGGAGGUAUUAUGAUGGGGAAAGGAGGGGAUGAUGGGUUCAGGACCGUGGAGCGCUUGAGGGGGAGGCUGCAGGCAGAGAGAGUGGCCUCCAAGGCUGCCAAGGAGCAAGCAGACAGCAUGGCCAAAAGGUUGGAAGAGCUGGAAAGGAAGCUGGCUGAAGAGAUGAAGUGCAGGAACAGGGCUGAAAAGAGGCUCGAGAAUGCUUUGAAGAAGCUGGAAUCUUUGAAGAUUUUGGAUUCCCCCGGAAGUUCGGCGAGUUCUUCGUCCUCGCAUUGCUUCUCGGGCCAUCUGAAGUUGGAAAGCUGGGGACUUGGUUCGCCGACCGUCGAUUGGGGACAAUGUGGUUGGCAGGAGGAGGCGCCACGGCUUCUUGGUGAUGAUGUCUCAGGGAGCUCACUGGUCGUUUCGACUCAUCGUCGAGAGCGAAGCUGGAGUUCGGCUGGGACGGCACCAUCGGAUCUUCACAAAGGAGAGUCUCAUGGGGAUGAGAGCAGCAGAGGUGGCAGCCCCCGAGUGUCGAUUGCUGAUAAUGCAAGAAAGUCUUCUGUCAGUGAUAACAAGCUGGACGAUGAUGAGAAUCAAACUGAAGAGGUCGACAAUGCAUUGGCUCUAGUUCCAGUAAGCUUGCGUUGCAAUUUGGAGGGCUGCAAGCCAGAGAUCAACAACAACGUGCAAAGUGUUCUUAUUGCCCUAAGACAUGUCAAAGACCAGUUGCAAUAUUCCAUGAGGAGAACUGGUGUUUUCUCUCCCAAAGAGCUGUAUGGCCGGUGAGGGAGAUUGCCUGGAGGGCCUUUCCAUCCCACAUAUCUCUUUUAUUUCCAGUAAAUAUUGUGGUAAAAUAGAUGGAAGGUCAGUGAAGUAGCUUCAUAGAGGGUUUUUGUUUUGGCUAGAUGAUAUCAUAUGUUACUAAUAAUGCAUCAAUUUCAAGACUUAUCCUUCUUGUAAAGUGCAGCUGGAGGUUUUUCCAAUGCGUAAAAAUGACGGAAGGUUUGAUCAUAA